ACGUUGUACACAUACUCGAAGGGUAAGCCAAAUCCUCAAGUACGCGACUCUCACAGUCCAACGGGUUAUUGAUGAGGACGUGAACUUGAACGUUUGGACAUUUGGAAUUGGCUCACCCUCUUUUUCUUGUUUCUUGCUGGCUCACCUCGACAAGUUCACACUUUCAUCCUCACUACCGGUGUACAGCAUCGUGUAACGCCGAGACCCGGAUCGAAAACACCUUUGCUGAAGUGCUAAAGUACUAAAAUAGGUAUCAAACUAUGGCUUUUGGUACAUGGACCCGACCACACACUCAAAAGCACACUCGAACACAGACUCAGUCUCGGGUAUAUCGUACAAACGAUGACAGUGCCAAUGUCAAUACCGAUACUCAUACAAAUGGUAAUAUCGAUGUCAAUGACGGUGUCAAUGGUGACGACAAUAUUCCCACCAAAAAGAAAAAAUACGUCCGAGUCAUCACGGAAAAACGUCGGGAACAAAAUCGAAGAGCACAAAAGUUAUACAAGGAGAGAUUGAAGAAGAAACUUGUAGAUUUGGAAGGGUUAGCACAGAGUGUUGGUGUGGUUGUUGUUGAUGGCAGACCUAUUGAUACGAAGAAGACGACAACGACACCCGAUGUAUCGACCACGAAAAACAAAAUUAUUCCUACUGGUACGAUAAGUGAUGAUUGCCAUCGAGGUUCAGAUCUACGCCGUCGGUCGUCGCCAUCAUCUCACCCGAAAGGUAUACACGACACACAUGAUCAAUCAUCAUCAGAGACAAGACCUCACGCGAAACGUACACACAACACACAACAUCAAUCGUCAUCACUACCAGGUACAAUACCAGACACGAUAAAUCUAAAUCUGGCCGAUGCCUUCACCGCCGCUGGCGACUUGCCCUUUGCCUCGGGACCUAUCCCGGGCAUGAAUUUCUCCGGGCGAGAUAUUGCAACACCCACACCCCCUCCAACGACACACGACAUCGAAUCUCUUUUCGACCCCAACCUGGAUCCGAGUCUCCUGCGCAACAACAUCCACGAGGACCUCGACGACGUCGAUCUCCGUCAUAUAUGGCCCAUGCCUCCCCGAUCUCCCGGACAAACGCAAGAAACAUACUCUCCCGCCGCACUUCUCGGUGACAAACGAAGAAGCAGGAAACACCACCAGCACAGCACGGCUAUGAUCCUGACGCCACAAUCGACCCAGUAUAAUAGUCCACCAUCACGAUCCGGACGAUCCGGGAUGUUUCCCGCGUUCGGUGCCAAUUAUAACCAUCACUCGUCGAACGGGACGAACCACAACAACAGCAGCAGCAGCAGCAACUACAUCCGCUUCGUGCCCGUGCAAGCCUCACACCUACCCGACCCAUACUCCAACCACAUGAGAUUGUGGUUGGAGGACAACAUCGAGGCGUCCAUCGCGGUCGCCAGCGCCGUGGGGAUAAGCAGGAGUGAAUACAUCAACGACCACCCGAGUAGGUUCCCGGGUUGUUACAUCAAACUCAACCAGCCGGACAACCGAUCCCUAACCCGACCGGUUCGAUACACCGGCUUCGACUAUCCUUGUACGGGAGGGGGCGUGUUACACUCGGACACGAGGUGGCCACUGGGUCACGGAGUGCUCGUGACCAAGGAGUUGCAAGACCACAUGGACCGGGUCCAACCCGCCCUGAGACCCACACCGGCGCAGUUGUUGCAACCUCACCCGAGUUACUUGGACUGUAUAGUUUUCCCGUUCGUGAGGGAACGCGCCAUCUGCGCGAGCACCCGUGGACUGUUGGACCACGCCGAGUUGUUUCUGGAUCUGAUGCACGGCGGGAUGGUGUGUUGGGGAGGUGGGAGCGGCACGACCACCAGGGCCGGCAGGAGGGACACGGGCGGUGACGGUCACCGCUCGACCACGCGCAGCCGGGGCAUGGCCGGGGACGUCGCCUGGGACACCAGGAGCUGGGAGGCCAAAAGAUGGUUCUUGAAAAAGUGGGAAUGGUUGGUGGGGAGCGAGGAAGAUGAAGAACGGAGAGGGGACGUCUUGGGUAUCUGGAGGGGCAGUAGAUGGUGGUGGAGGAUGAGAGGUGAAGAAGAAGAUGAUGAUGAGGAGGAGGAGGAGGAGGAGGAGGAUGAUGAUGGUUUCAGUGAUGUUGAAGAUUUGGAUCUGGGUGAUUUGGAUAAUUUCAAUGGUAUCGAAAGUGUGGAGGAUGGACAGGAGAUGGGAACGAUCCAAAGAGGCAUGUAUCCUGACUUGCCUCUACGGAAUGACGAGAUGGAUGGUGGGAGGGUCAUUGAGAUUGAAGGGCAUUGUUUAUGAUUUCCACUUUGCAUACGUUACAGAAGUGUACGCACUAUGGGGAUGGAUAUGAUCAUUAAUGUCUAGGGAAAAUUAUGGAUAUGGAUAUGGAUAUGAGUACGAGUACUUAUGAAGACAGCAAUGAUUGUGAGGGAAAUAAUGCAAAGGGAAAAAAAAGGAGGGAAAAUGUU